AUGGCGGGUUCGGAGGAGGUUUUCCCGUGGCUUAAAUCGCUUCCGGUGGCGCCGGAGUACCGGCCAACCCUCGCCGAGUUCCAAGAUCCGAUUGCCUACAUUUUCAAGAUCGAGAAGGAGGCAUCGCGUUACGGAAUCUGCAAGAUCAUUCCACCGGUUCCACCUUCCCCUAAGAAAACCGCAAUUGGGAACCUGAACCGGACCCGGCCCAGCUUCACGACUCGCCAGCAGCAGAUCGGGUUCUGCCCCCGCCGUCCCCAGCCGGUCCGGCGUCCGGUCUGGCACAGCGGCAACAACUACUCCUUCCGCGACUUCGAAGCAAAGGCCAAGGCCUUCGAGAAAAGCUACCUCAAGAAAAAAGGGUUAUCAAAGAAGAACGCUGUCGUUUCGCCGCUUGAAGUUGAGACGCUGUACUGGAAGGCCACGGUGGACAAGCCGUUUUCCGUUGAGUACGCGAACGACAUGCCAGGGUCUGCGUUUUGUCCUCUGAACGCGCGAGAUUCAGGUGGUGGUGGUGGUGCUGCUGCUGAGGGCGUUGUUACCGUUGGUGAGACUGCUUGGAACAUGAGAGGGGUUUCUAGGUCGAAUGGUUCUUUGUUGAGAUUUAUGAAGGAGGAGAUUCCUGGUGUUACUUCCCCUAUGGUUUAUGUGGCUAUGUUGUUCAGCUGGUUCGCUUGGCAUGUUGAGGACCAUGACUUGCAUAGCUUGAAUUACCUUCAUUUGGGUGCUCCCAAGACUUGGUAUGGUGUUCCCAGGGAUGCUGCCGUUGCGUUCGAGGAAGUCGUUAGAGUUCAUGGAUAUGGUGGAGAGAUUAACCCUCUUGUUACUUUUGCUAUUCUUGGUGAGAAAACUACAGUGAUGUCGCCAGAAGUGUUUAUCAGCGCAGGUGUUCCAUGCUGCAGGUUAGUGCAAAAUGCUGGGGAAUUUGUUGUGACAUUUCCAAGAGCCUAUCACACAGGAUUUAGUCAUGGCUUUAAUUGUGGAGAGGCAGCUAAUAUUGCAACACCUGAAUGGUUGAGGGUUGCUAAAGAUGCUGCUAUUCGGAGGGCUUCAAUUAAUUAUCCUCCCAUGGUUUCACAUUUCCAAUUACUUUAUGACCUUGGUCUUGCUUUAUGUUCUAGAAUCCCUGGAGGCAUCAGCGCUAAACCUCGGAGUUCUCGACUUAAAGAUAAGAGAAAGGUUGAAGGAGAAACUGUAAUUAAAGAAUUAUUUGUACAGGACGUAUUACAGAACAAUGAUCUGCUUCAUGAACUCAGCAAAGGAUCUGCUGUAGUACUUCUUCCUCAAAGCUCUUCUGACUUUUCUGUUUGCUCAAAAUUACGUGUUGGAUCCCGACAACUAAAAGUGAACCCUGAGUUUUCCCUCAAUGCAUGCAAUUCUGAGGGAACGAAUUCCUCAAAAGGUUUUAUUUCUGAUGAUCUGGUGUUCAACAAGAAUCAUGGAAUGAAGCAAGUAAAAGGUUUUUAUUCCGUAAAAGAAAAGUUUGCUACUUUGUGUGAAAGGAACAGGAUUUCUUCAUUUAGAGGGAAUGAUAACAUAUGCACUUCGAGUUCAAAGACACUGGAAAAGGACACUGGAAGAGAAACAAGUCAAGGAGAUGGAUUGUCAGAUCAGAGAUUAUUUUCAUGUGUCACGUGUGGAAUAUUAAGCUUCGCCUGCGCUGCUAUUGUACAGCCUAGAGAACCAGCAGCUAGAUAUCUUAUGUCAGCUGAUUGUAGCUUCUUUAAUGAUUGGAUUGUUGGUUCUGGAGUAACUAGCAAUAAAUUUACCGUUGCCCAUGAAGAUGCAACUAUUCCCAAGCCGAGCACAUAUACAGGAUGGACAAAACAGAUUGCCCGAAAUGAUUUAUCUGAUGCUCCUGUUCAAUCUGUUGAACACCAGACAAAGAUUGCUGAUCAAAAUUAUAAGGAGGCUUUAAAUACUGAAAGAAAAAUAGGGAAUACGGCUCUUUCGUUGUUGGCUUCAGCAUAUGGGAAUUCUUCUGAUUCUGAGGAAGAUCAGGGUGACUCAGAUAUUGCAGUUGAUGGUGUAAACCAUCCACCAGCAAGUAGAUCUCAGGAGAUAUCUUUUUUGCCUUCUCAUUUUCAAGAUUGUCAUGCUAGUCCCAUAGUUAGACUUGAUACAGGGAAUGCCAUUCCUUAUGAGUAUUAUAUGCAUAAGAGAGUUGAGCGCAUUAUGAGCCCUUUAGACCACUCUGUUAAGUCAGAAGAUUAUGACACCACUUCAGGGGUUGCAUUAAAAAAUUCUAGGGCAGUGCCUCAUUCCACUUUGAAUUGUUCCCAAGAUGCUCAUGAUGCUAAAACAUCAUUGUUGGGCCAGGCUGUGAUUCCCAUUGAUAAUAAAAAUGUUUCAUUGGUGCCACCAUCUGAUGAAGACUCAUCCAGAAUGCAUGUCUUCUGUCUAGAGCAUGCUGCAGAAGCUGAGCAGCAACUUCGCCCAAUAGGAGGGGCGCACAUAUUGCUCCUGUGUCAUCCAGAUUAUCCAAAGAUAGAGGCUGAAGCUAAGUUUGUGGCAGAAGAACUGGGGAUUGAUCAUAUGUGGAAGAAUACUGCAUACAGGCAUGCUGAUAAGGAAGAUGAGGAGAGGAUCCAAUCAGCUCUGGAUAGUGAAGAAGCUACUCCCGGGAAUGGGGACUGGGCUGUAAAGCUGGGAAUCAAUCUCUUUUAUAGUGCCAGUCUUAGCCACUCUCCACUUUAUAGUAAGCAGAUGGCUUACAAUUCAGUUAUAUAUUAUGUAUUUGGUCGUAGCUCUCCAGCAAGCUCACCCACAGAACCUAAGGUCUAUCAGAGAAGGGCCAACAGGCAGAAAAAGGUAGUUGCUGGGAAAUGGUGUGGUAAAGUUUGGAUGUCCAAUCAAGUCCAUCCCCUUUUAGCAAAUAGAGAUUCUGAAGAUGUUGAGGAUGAGAAAAGCUUACAUGGGUGGCCAUUACCUGAUGAGAAAAUUGAGAGAUCAGAAAUUAUCCACAAAAGCAAUACGAUGAUUAGAAAAUCUGGUAGGAAAAGGAAAGUGACAGUAGAGAGCGGAGGAGCCAGGGAAGGAAGCUUUGCCGAGAGAGAUUGGCUUUCAGAUAAUUCGAUUGAAGAUAAAUCCAAUCAAGAUCAAAGGAGGAUUCUUGGAAGGAAGCGAACCAGGCAUAUUGAGGGAGAUGGUACUGCUUCAGAAGGGGAUUAUUCUUCUCUGCAGCAUCAUAGAAAGUCUAUAAGCAGGCAUACAAAAUGCAUUGAAAGUGAUGCAGUUUCAGAUGAUUCGCUGGAUGAUAAUUCUCAUAUACAGCAUCGGAGGAAGGUUAAUGCCAAGGAAGCUAAGUUUAUUGACUGUGAUGUGGUUUCAGAUGAUACAAUGGACUAUGAUUCUGAUUGGCCUCACAGGAGAGAGAUGGGCAACAAGCAAGAAGCAAGUUCAGAGGAUUCAUUGGAUGUUGGUUCUCCUCAGUUGCAUAGAAAGACUCCUAAAAGCAAGUAUGAUCAAUACAUUGCCGAAGAAGAUGUGAUAUCCGAUGAUCAAACAGAGGUUUAUUUUCAGAAGCAGCAAAGGAGGAUAUCUAAAAGCAGGCAACGCAAAUACCUUUCUGAAAAAGAUUCAGUGAUAUCUGAUGAUGACCAACUGGAACACCACAUGCAGAAGCAGCAGCGGAGGAAUCCUAAAAGCAGGCAAGACAAAUACCUUACCGGAGAGAAUAUUAUAUCUGAUGACCAACUGGAGGGCCAUUAUCACAAGUAUCGAAGAAGGAUUCCUAAAAACAGGCAAUCCAAAUGUGUUGCUGGGGAAGAUGUGAUGUCUGAUGACCAGUUGGAGGAUCAAUUUCAGAAACCCCAAAAGAGUGUUCCUAGGAGAAGGCGAAACAAAUGCAGUGAUAGAGAAGUUAUGGAUGAAUCAGCUGAAAAUAAUUCUCAUCUGCUGCAUAGAACUCCUAAAAGGAAGCAAGCUAGAUGCAUGGAUGAAGACAAUAUUGAUUCAGAUGAUCAAAUGAAGGAUGAUUCUCAUCAGCAGCACAGGAAGACUCUUCGAAGUAAGCAAUCUAAAUCAGAGACUCUUAAACAAAUGAAACAAGCGAAACCACUCCGUGUGAGAAACCAGACAUCCCAACCUAUGAAACGAGGUGCCAAUAUGCUAAUGAAAUCAAAGGCUCCUCGGCAAAUGAAGCAGCAGCAUCGUGUGUGGAAUAAUCAAUCUGGUAACUCCGGAGAAUUUACUUUACAUAUUGAAGAGGAGGAAGAUGGUGGACCUAGCACACGCCUUAGGAAGAGAGUCCCAAAAAUUCAGGAGGAGUCUGGAGGAAAAUCAAAAGAAAAGGAAACCAGAAGGAAAAAGGUGAAGAAUGCUCCAGCUGCAAAGGUUUCAGCGGGCAAUACCAAAAUGAAGGAUGAGGAAGCAGAAUUCCAAUGUGACAUUGAUGGGUGUACCAUGAGUUUUGGGUCUAAACAGGAGCUGAUGCAUCAUAAGAAAAAUAUCUGCCCUGUGAAAGGAUGCGGAAAGAAGUUUUUCUCACACAAGUAUCUGGUGCAGCAUCGUCGAGUUCAUGAGGAUGCGCGCCCCCUGAAGUGCCCUUGGAAGGGGUGCAAGAUGACUUUCAAGUGGGCAUGGGCUCGUACUGAACAUAUUCGAGUCCACACCGGUGCUCGUCCUUAUGUUUGUGCUGAGCCAGGGUGUGGGCAAACGUUUAGAUUUGUUUCUGAUUUCAGCCGUCACAAGCGAAAGACCGGUCAUGCCGCAAAGAAGAGUCGUUGAUAGCAAGUGUAAUUGAUGUUACUUAACAUUGUUGAUGAACUAUGAAUCUAUUGCUCAAUUGACAGGCUAGGACUAGAUUUUAGUAACAGAUUAGGAUAUCCCUGCAAUUGCCAUUUGGAGUAACUUUUAAUUCUGCUUGUUUAGGUGUUCUUGUAACCAUUUAUUC